AUAGGAAAAAAAAAAAAAUAGAAAAAGGAAACCCCUUCUCAUUUCUUUAUUAUUUAUUUUUUCUUUGGGAGGGAGAGGGAGGAUUAGAGGAAGAGAUCUCGGCCAUGGCGAUCCUUAGACCUUCUUCCUCUCCUCUCCUCUGCACUGUUGGCAUCGUCUUGUUUUUCUUCUUCUUCUUCUUCUCUUCAGUCUGGCAUCCCGUCGUCUUGGCCGCUGAGGAUAUCAUUAAAGAAGACGACUCCAUCGCCAAAUUUCCCGGCUGCAACAAUACAUUCCGGAUGGUUAUCAUAAGGAACUGGGUGAAUGGUGAUGAAAAACCAAGCAUAGACGGAAUGAGUGCCAGAUUUGGUGCCUCUUUGCCAAUCCAUAUUUCUGAAGCUCUUGAAAAGCCUGCUGUUCUCACAAACCCAUUCAAUUGCUGUGCUGCUUCAUCUUCCAAGUUAUCAAAUUCUAUUGCUGUGGCCAUGCGUGGGGACUGUGACUUCGCUUACAAGGCAAAAAUUGCACAGUCAGGAGGUGCAGCUGGUUUAUUGGUGAUAAAUGAUAAAGAAGAACUUGAGAAGAUGGGGUGCCCUGAAAAUGAUACUUCCCUUGACAUUACAAUUCCUGUUGUUCUCAUGUCAAAGUCAGAUGGAGAGAAUAUUAAAAAAUCCUUGGAUAGUGGAGGAAGAG